CGUACUUGCCUUCUAUUACCGGGAAACAGUUUAGUAGUAGGAUUCCAUCCCUUUUGGGUGGGAAUAGCUCACGGAACUAGAACUGACAAGUCCAAAGUCAUCUAUUCCGACUUCUUCAUUUUACAGAUGAAGAAACUGAAGCUUCCUAAAUUAAGUGACAAGCACAAAAAGCUCACAUUUUGCCAGAAGUGGGAUUUGAAGCUCAGAAAUCAACUCCACAACCAAUGCACUGUCUCCUGUACCUUGUUGCCUCUUUCAGCGAUGAGGUUGCUCUGUCCCUUCUCGUUAGUUCUCGCUCUUCACAGCAGUAAUUCAGCUCCCUGGGAGAAAGGAGCUUGGGAUUUAUACCUUAGAGACUUGUCGGGAAUAAAAGGACAAGGCUGCUAGAGAAGCUCUAUAAUGGUUCCCCAGUGCCAGACUGUUCAAGACCACAGGUCCUCAUUGUGAUUUGGUUUAAGUUUUAUUGUGAUGCACCAAUCAUUCCAGUUAAGGUGGAAGACCCAAUUAGGGGUCUGGACCGGCGAAAGAAGGCGUGAAGUAAAACUGGUAAGCGGGUGAUGAAAUAUUGGCAGGCUGACCCUGGUGCUGGCAAUUGGGCGGCUAGUGGCCCCGAGCAGUGGCAGAGAAGCGCCACACCUGCCUUCCUCCCAUCCCCCCUCCGUCACCAGGUUCCUUUUUAGCCCGGGUCAUUGCCCGCAGGGGCCGCAGGGGCAGCUGUAGCUCCUGGAUGGGGCACUGGGAGCCUGCCGUGUGGACUUAAAAAGUGGGACCUCUGGGAACUCUUCCUCCGCGUACUGGUAAUUCGGAGAAAGAGUUCCAAUUUUUUUUAAAAUCAAUUUUCCGGCCCCAAGAAGCCUUCCGAAAUACCACACACCUCUUGUGAGUGAGCCCUAGUUCAUACCAUCCCCCAUCUCCACGUAGCCCCGAGGAACCUCUCUCUUCUCCCAUUUCCAGGAUGAAUAUCAGCAAAAGCUCCGAGUCCCAAUUAAUUUUUGGAGGAAAAUAUAAACUGGUGCGGAAAAUCGGGAAUGGCUCCUUCGGGGACAUCUUCCUGGCAGUCAACAUCAACAAUGGCGAGGAAGUGGCUGUGAAGCUUGAAUCACAGACGUCCAAGCAUCCUCAACUGUUCUUUGAAGCCAAGCUGUAUAAGAUUCUCCAAGGGGGGUCGGGCAUUGCCCACAUGCGCUGGUAUGGUCGGGAAAGGGGUCACAAUGUGCUAGUCAUGGACUUACUGGGGCCCAGUCUUGAAGAAUUGUUUAAUAUAUGCUCCCGCAGGUUUACAAUGAAAACAGUACUUAUGUUAGCUGACCAGAUGAUCAGUAGAGUCCAAUACCUGCAUGCAAAGAAUUUUAUACAUAGAGAUAUUAAACCUGAUAACUUCCUUAUUGGCACUGGUCGUCACUGUAACAAAUUAUUCAUUAUUGACUUUGGUUUAGCCAAAAAGUACAGAGACAGCAAAACAAAGGAACACAUACCAUACAGAAAAGAUAAAAAUCUCACUGGCACGGCCCGUUAUGCCAGCAUCAAUGCCCACCUUGGCAUUGAGCAGAGUCGAGGGGAUGAUAUGGAAUCUCUAGGCUAUGUAUUAAUGUAUUUUAACAGAACCAGCCUGCCCUGGCAAGGACUAAGAGCUGCAACAAGGAAGCAAAAGUAUGAAAAGAUUAUAGAAAAAAAGAUGUCCACUUCCGUGGAUUCUUUAUGUGGUGGAUUUCCUCCUGAAUUUGCAACAUAUCUAACCUAUUGUAGGGGACUCCACUUUGAGGAAGCCCCAGAUUAUUUUUAUCUAAGACAGUUAUUCCGGACUCUUUUCAAGUCUCUGAACUAUCAAUAUGACUACUUAUAUGACUGGACAAUACUGAAGCAGAAAGAGACUCAGGAACCAGCCUCUUCUAGUGGUCAAAAUCAACAGCCACACAAUUCCACAGUUUUCCAAGCAUGAAGAGGAGCAGAUUAAGGGGAAGAGAUGAUCCAAGUAGGCCUUAUUACACACCAAACAUAGACAUUUUAUUUCCUAUGUACACGCUUGCAAGUGGUUGUGGACAACCAUUUACUGGGUAUAAAGAACUGUUCUUCGUAGCACUGGUAAUGCUGCAUCAUGAGUUGUAGCUAUUAUAACUGGGAAUAUUAACAGAUAGUAAAACAAUGCUCAGCUUUUGAUUCAAAUUUUUUUCAAGAUGGAAAAGGUAACUAAGUAGUUGGCAUACAAGUGCUAACUCCGAAGAAAUUGUGCCUGUGCUGAUUUUUGUUUCUUUUUGAACUCCACUACUUUGAGAUUUCACUUCAGAAGAAAGGCACGGACAUCUGUAGCCACAGUUGUGAAAAUUGUCAAUGCUCAAAAUGGGGCAUUCUUGGUUUAUUUCCUUCUUGGGGUCUGCAAGCUGUAAACGUAAUAUUCUUAACAUUUUGGAGGCUUUUGUGUGUAAUCCAAGAUUCUGGUUUUCAAGUAUGCAAAAGACUCUGCCUGUUUAUUAUUAUAGAAAUAACAACAAUUAAAGGGAAGUCUUAAGAAAA